AUGAACUGUCACGACCGUCGAAGCAAAACAAGACGGGGUCCCGAGAGCAAAGAACUCACCAAGAGACCAAUGAGACCCGGAGAUUUCAGCCAGAUCAAAUCGCUGAUGGAAGACAUUUUCCCCAUGAAAUACCCAGACAGCUACUUUUGGGAUAUAGCGGCGGCCGCUUACUGGUCGCUUGGGAUAUUUACAGCUAAUGACGAGCUCAUCGCCAUAGUCGUCGCGGGUAAAGAAUUCCACAAUGACCGAACUAUCCACGACAAACCGCCCGAGUUUCGUUAUUUACCUGAGAAAACUGUAUACAUGUACUCAAUAGGUACCAAACCUCCGUACCGUCGCUUGAAGCUGUCCACCAUUCUUGCGAGAGACUGUCUCAGAAUGUGCAGAGAGCGCGGAGCUUCCGCUGUAUACUUACAUGUGAUGGCGGAGAACCUGGCCGCGAUCCGCCUGUAUGAGAAGCUGGGGUUCAAGUCCUUUGCCUUCCUUGCGCAAUACUACUCUCCGUACGGGGGGGACGCUCUCGGGAAAAUAUUGCGAUUCGACGACAAAAUUCAUUCGAACUCGGAGUGUACCGCGAAAUAA